UCUUAUCACUCUUUCGUUGAAAGCCUGAAACUAAGAAAUCUCACAGAGCACAUGGAGAUCUCAUAGAGCUCGACGAUCAUCGAUUGGGUAUGUAAUCGCACAGCUCCGAUUAGGUACGAUCUCGGUUUUGUGACUCUUCCUCUCUCUUGGCGUUGUGUUUCUCAGCUCCGGUUAGGUACGAAUCACAAACCCUAAUUUCGUCUUUGAUUUUUUUGUUUUUUUGGUUUACCCACACUUUUUCAUUGAUUUCCCCAUGAUUUUCGUUUCACAUUUCUCAGAAAACUGAGCUCAUCAUCGAUUUCCCUAUUUCGAUUUCUAAUUGUUCGACCUUUGCAAUUUCAUUAUUCGAUUUCAAAUCAUAAUCUCUGUUUCCUUUACAGUUUUCAUACAAAUAUUGAUUGAGUUUUUGUAGACACUCUCUAAGACUUGAUUUAUUGUGUUUGUGUAUUCAAAUUUAGUUUUCUUUCUCUCCGUGUGUGUGUGUGUGUGUGUGUGUGUUUAUUUCAAUCUGCAUCGUCCAACUUGUUAGCUUGGGUGGUGAGUGUUGACUUUGAACUGUACGGAUCUACUGGGUAUCAUUGUUAGCUAUUGGGAAUUUGUGUUUAGUAGUAGAGGAAUAUUAGUAGUGCUUAAAGCUUACUUGGGUUUAUAGUGAAAUAGUAGUAGUAGAGGAAUAUUAGUAGUGCCUAAAGCUUACUUGGGUUUAUAGUGAAAUAGUAGUAUUUUAACAAUUUCAGAGUGGAGUUACCCUAAAACUUUGGAGACUCAAAGGACCUUAAUUCGUAAUUUACUAUUUUAAACAUUGUGUUUGGGAUGAUGGGUUUAUUGAAAUGCUAUCGGUUUUUCUUUUGAUGGUAAUUUGGAAUGGACAUAGGUUUUUGUUUAGAUAACAGAAUGGUUAAGGCAAAUUUAGUUUUAUUUCUUGUUUAUUUAUUUUUUUCCAGUGCUUUGGUUCAUAUUUUAUGGUUGAAAAGGAUGGGCUCCAAUAGAAUUAUAAAUAUUUCUGUUUGACCGGCUAUUCGGUCGCUGAUCUCAAAGGGUGCUAGAUCUGGUUCCAAUCCAGGCCCCAAUAAGUUGUUUCUAUUGGUUAAGACUCCCUGUUCUUUCAACCUGCCUCUGCAUUUUCUUCCCAAAUGAUUUUAAAUAUAACAAAAAGCUUACUUGGACUUGCUACAACUUCUAUCAGUGCAUUUUUUGGGCAGGCUUUUCCACUGGAUUUAGUACUCUUUUCUGGUUGAGGACAACUUAAGGUGUGUCCCUCAUUGAAGAUUUAAAAAAAAAAUUUAAUCCAACUUUAGAUGGAACGGAAUUGGGUAAAGCUCAGGAAUAGAGCUCUUCUUGAGUAUAGACAAGGAAUUAAAGACUUCCUUGAUUUUGCAUUUGAGCAUACAACAAUGGGGGAUAAAAUUUAUUGUCCGUGUAAGAAAUGCAAUAACUACUUUGCAAAGACCAGAGAUGAUGUUGAGGCUGAUUUGCUUACUAUUGGUAUUCUCCCAAGUUAUACUCAUUGGUUUAGACAUGGUGAGGAGAGACAUUUUCAAACAUGUGAUAGUUUGGAUAGUGAUGAUGAGUCAGACGGGGAUGGCUUGAGUGAGAUGGUAGAAGAUUAUUGUGCAGCCUUUAAUGCAGCCAGUUGUGUAGCUGGAGAUUCCAGUGGUGACAGUACUGAAAAGCCUAAUGAUGAUGCAGCUAACUUUUUUCUGAAACUAGGAGAUAACGAGCAGAAACUUUUUCUAGAUUACAAGUUUACAAAACUGUCUUUCAUUGUGAAGUUACUUCAUAUUAAAUGCCUUAGUGGUUGAAAAAUCAUAAGAUAGUACAAGAUUAUACAUAAUAGUAAGCUAUGAGAUUUAACAUGCAUGUUUGUCCUUCAGAAGAAAGUGUGUUUCAGCUUGAUUUACAAGUGUUCACCUUGGAAUAUAUAUAUAUAUAUAUAUGCUGUUAUAUCUAAAUUGACUAAUUUUUUUUAAAUGUUCACGUUAUUGUACACUUUUGUACACACAAGUGUCCAUAAUUUCACAUGCGUUGUCCACAUUUUUUAAGUAUGUCCACACUUAACACAUGAAACGAUGUGUAUAGAUGAUGUACAAUAACGAGUGUUUUGCUUAUUUAUUUAUUGGGGGAUUGAUAAAUGAAAUGGGAUUUUUGUUUGCUUUCUGUUAUUCAAAUGUGACAGAUAAAGUUUUUAGUCCUACAUGCUCGGCUCAGAAGGUUUAUGAAAAAGGUGCUAAGGAUGUGGCUCUAUCUGCACUUACUGGAAUUAAUGCAACAAUUUUCGCAUAUGGGCAGACUAGCAGUGGCAAGACUUAUACCAUGAAAGGAAUCACAGAAAAUGCUAUUAAGGAUAUCUAUGAACAUAUCAGAAAUCACCAGGAGAGGGAUUUUGUUGUGAGGGUUUCUGCUUUAGAGAUCUACAAUGAGACUGUUGUUGACCUUUUGAAUCGUGAAUCUGGUUCCCUUCGGCUUUUGGAUGAUCAUGAGGUGGCUUUGCUGUUAAUUUGGGUUGCUAAUAUAAGAAAACAUGUGAAGAAUUUAGAAUUUGGGAAGGGACACAUAUAUAAAGCUGUGCAUGUAACCAAUUUUUAUUUCCUUUCAUUACCUUUGGCCUUAUAUAUGAUGUAUUAGGAUUUGUUCUGUUCACCUACUAUCAUGUCAGAUUGUGCAAAGAACCUUGUUUUUACAAUUUAAAA